AAUUGUUCUCUUAAGUGUUUGAAAAAUUUAUGCCGUCUUAUCUCGAGGAAGGAAAGACAAAUUUCGUGGUCUUUGAGUAAACAACUCUGAAAGUGAUUGAAGGUUAUAUAUCGUAUAAUCUUUAUGUCAAAGAUUUUGUUAAUAUUUCUAGGAAAGAGACUACUCUAAGCAGAACAAACAGGAGUUGGUUGUAGUGAUCAGAAAGAAUAUGAGCCACUAAUUAAGUAUAUGUGUAACAAGAAAAUCUGCUGCAGGAUCUUCAAGAAUAAUAGAAGUUGAGGUAAAACGAUCAAGCUUGGUUAAUAUUUGACUAAUCACUUUCUAAGAGGUGUUCUUCAUGACAAGUCUAGCACUACUGUUAUCAACAACUUCAAAAAAAAAAGUUGCAGUUGAAAAAGGGAAUAACAUGCAUAUCAAGCUUUGAAGGUUACAGAGUCAUAGUGAAUUCUUCGUAUCAUAAUUAGCUCUAUACUUGAAUUCUUAGGUAACUCUGUUCCCAUCCUGUGAAGUAUCCUAGGGAAGAAAAGGACUAAAAGUAGAUUUUGAUAGGGAUCCUCUUGUAAUUUAAUUUUUCAGCAAGCUGAUUCUUUAGGGUUAAUAAAACCUUGAACAGGACUUUUCCAAUACAAUAUUUUUGUAUAUUUCAAGUAAAACAGGUUGAAAAUCAGCCUUCAAACAAUGUUUGAGUCAUCUAUACUUUAUUUUGUUGCCCGUGGACAGCAGUUUGUUAUUGAUAUUUGUAAAUAUGCAUGGAUUUUCAGAAUAGUAGAUUAGAAAAGGUUCAAGUUUGUGGCAAGCUACAUUCUCUCCUAGCAGGAGAGUUAUCUGAUCCUUAAAUGCCUUACACCCAGGCAUGGUUUUUGUCUUUCUGUGUAUCUCUGUUUAUUCAAAACAUCCUUUUCCAAUAUAAGCCAUUCUCAUCGAUACUGAAAAUUUAUUCCUUUAAAACAGUGGUUCUCACCCAUUUUUUAUCUAUAGACCUCUUUGAUUACUGUUUUACUCUGGUGGAUCCCCAAAAUCAUUUGAUGUUUAAAAACUAGAUACUUCUCUCAAAAUUCCCACUCUCUUUUCCACCCAUUCGCUUGUGUAGGUUUGCACUCUCUGAGAGAACGUGUUGAACAAAGUGUUAAAAAAAGAAACCUAGUUGUUUCUUGUAAUAAAUAUAUCUAAAGCAAAAAUUUUCAUGGACCUCCAAUUUACUAUUUUGCUUGCAUGAACCCCCAGAAGUCAUAUGGCCCUUGGUGGAACCACUGCUCUAGAACUCUUCUCCUCAGAUUAAUUCAUCCAAAGAUUUAUUAAACAUCAGUAUAUGUUGCUUGGACUUUUUUCUUUUCUUUUUUUUGAUAUCAUUAAAUUGUCUAUUGCUAACUUUAUAGUUUUCUUUAUAUUCCUCUCCCAUUCAUUCCUUUAGACUGUCAAAAAUUCUUAAAGCAUUGUGUUGAAUUGUUAGUAGGCUUUUGGUUAUUUGUUUUUAUAUCCAGAUCUUCAACAUUUUCUCUAUUUCAUUGAUAAAUCCUUGUCAGUUGCUUGGUUUUCUUUUACUGCUUUAAAACUCCUUUCUUGAUCUUAAUAAUAGUGGAGGUUACUGAAUAAGACAACUAUAAAUAACUUUCAUUUAUGCUGGUUAAUUAUAUUAUUUUAAUCUUCAAAGUCAACGUUUUUCCUACCCAGGGUAUGGGUAUUUGGAAAAGUUUUCCUUUUGUAGGAUGUCUUUGGUUUGGGAGCUUUGGAUGGUAGUGGUGAUAUGACUGCUGAAAUACAAAUUAUCUGGGAAGAAAAUGCAACAAUGAUGGUGAUGAUGAUGCUAUUCUGAAAUAUGGGUAACCAUGGAGUAAAAAAUUUUGAAUUUGAGUUUUGAACCUUAGUAAAUGCCAAGAAAAGUUGCAUGUGCAUGCAUAGAAUAUAUAUAUAUAUAUAUAUAUAUAUUUGUUUACAUGACUUGAAUUCCAAGAGAAAUUGUACUUGUGCAUGUGUGAAUAUAAAUGGUAUUUAUAGCAGGUUGUUGUAAGGAUAAAUUGCAUGUGCUCUCACUAAGACAUACAUGGUUAUUAUAGUUACUAAUCAUCAUAAGGGGUUCAUAUGUUAGGAAGUGACAAAUGUGAUCGCAUAUAUUCACAACUUUUGCUCACCAUGAUAGCUAAAAGUUUCAUUUUUGUGCAUGCUGUGUUACAAGUACCUAUCUACAUAGUAAAUUAAGGUAAUAAAAGUUUAAUAUUUUAAAAUCUAGAAUGGGAAGAAUGAUAACAAAAAUAAAAAAGUUGUUUACUUAAGUGAUGAACUAUGCCAGAUUGUGAUAUUCCACUUAACAAAAUUUCUGAAAGUAAUUUAAGCAUAGAGAACCAUCUAAACGAGUUUUGAAACUCAAUUACAAAUGUGUUUAUUUCUUAAAAGAAUUCCAAAAGGUCAUUCCAAGCUAUGGUUGAGUUUCCCUCCCCCAACCACCUCUACAUAUCCCUGCCUUUUUCUUUCCACCUUCCUGUUAAGGCAUGUGCAAAUGUACAUGAAUACUCUCUAUACCUCUAUUCCCACCUUUCUAAUAACCAUUUCUGGCCUUUCUGCCGACAAUGUUCCCUUUCCAAAUUUACAUUUGCUGCAUACAAGGGCACCUACCCCCAAAGUGUAAUAUUUUCCCUGUUCAUUUGAACAUUGAAUAGCUGAACAUGGUUUCAUAGAGGAUUAUAAAUACAACACCAUUUGUAUGAUGGUUACUUUUGUUUAAAAUCAACGUCUGCAUCAAGACAAGAGGAAUUCACUAAUGAACACACACAUACAUGUAUAUAUGAUGGACUUUUUACAGUUUCUGUCUACCAAAUUUUACUCUCAUGGUAUUGGUCAGCCUGCAGCUGUAAUAGAACUUAACAGUGAACAGUAUCCAUACAGUGGGAUCAAAAACUAAACCAUAUGGUAACAGAAUGAACAUUUUCACCGGACAGCCAUGCUUGUUACCUUACUCCUCCCAUCUCUCUCUCUGCAUCAGUAAAUAGGUAUAUGCACAUAUGGCUGUUGGUUCAGAAAUUCAUCCCACAAUCAUGUGGUUUCAGGUUCACUUCUACUGUGUGACACUUUGGAUAAGUAUCUUGUAUUAUAGCUCCAGGCCAACCAAAGCCUUUGAAUAUUGGCUUUGGUAGAUAGUAACUGAAAAGAGUCUGUUGUGCAUAUUUGUGUUCUCUUGUCUUAGCAUUUUGUGCUAAUUGUAAAUGAGCAUCACUGUCAUACAAAUGGUGUCUUUGUUUGCAAUCUUCCAUAAGAACAUGUCCAGCUAUUGUGCUGUUCAUGUUUGAAAGACUAUGGGUAUGUCACCUUGCUUGUAAAAAGGUGAGGGUUGGUGACAAGAAGGGCAUCCAGCCAUAGUCUAUCCGCUUCAACAAAAUUCAUCUGAUCCAUUCAAGCAUGGAAAAGUGGACAUUAAAACAAUGAAUGAUAUAUAUUUCUGUAUCUGUGUAGUGACUAAUAAGUAGUUGGAGACAAGAGUAAAAGACAGAGAUAGAAAAACAAAAAGAGAGUGGUGUUUACUAUAACUAAUCAUCAUCAUCAUCAUCAUCGUUUAACAUCUGCUUUCCAUGUUGGCAUCGGUUGGACAGUUUGACUGAAGACUGGCAAGCCAGGAGGCUGCACCAGGCUCCAAUCUGAUCCGGCAAGGUUUCUACAGCUGGAUGCCCUUUCUAACACCAACCACUCCAAGAGUGCAGUGGGUGCUUUUUACAUGCCACUGGCACAGAGGCCAGUCUGGCAGUACUGGCAACGACCACGCUCGAAUGGUGCUUUUUAUGUGUCACCGGCACAGGAGCCAGUCAGGUGGCACUGGCAAUGACCAUGCUCGAAUAGUGCUUUUUACGUGCCACUGGCAUGGGAGCCAACCAGGUGGUACUGGCAUCGGCCAUGACAAUGCUUGACUCAACAGGUCUUCUCAAGCACAAUAUAUUUCCCAAUGAUUGAAGGGUACUCUUAAAUGGGCCAGUUAUCUGACACUGGUAUAGGCCAUGGUUACGGUCUCAUUUGGUUUGCCAGGUCUUCUCAAGCACAGCAUAUCACCAAAGGUCUUGGUAACUUGUCAUUGCUUCCAUGAGGCCCAACGUUCGAAGAAUUUGCUACAUAUACUGCAAUUUGUGGUUUGAUCUCCUUCUAUUGCAUUUUAGAAUAUAGAAGUGCACGUAGAAAUUAUUAUUGUAUGUGAUAUGAUAUAAUCAUUCUGGUAAGAAAUUUGCUUCCCAACUAUAUGGUUCCAGAUUUAGUCCCAUUGCAUGGGACCUUGAGCAAGUGUCUUCUGCUAUAUCCUCAGGCUAACCAGAGCCUUGUAAGUGGAUUUGGUAGGCAGAAACUACAUGAAAUGUAUGCAUGCAUGUAUUUAUCUCUCAACACUGCUUGACAACCAGUGUUGGUUUGUUUACCUCCCUGUAACUUACUGGUUUGCAAAAAGAGACUAACUGAAUAAGUAUGAGGCAUUAAAAUAUGUACUAGAGGUUGAUUUGUUCAACUAAACUCUUCAAGACCAUACUCAGCAUGUCUGCAGUCUAAUGACAAACAAACAUGCAUGCAUGCCAUUUAUUAUUUUCUGAUUGGCAGUUUGUGUACAAGGGAAUAUAUAUAUACACAUACGGACUGUUUUUACAAAGUUUAUAACUAUAUGCAAAUGGGAUCAUGUAUAAGGCAAAAAUUUUGGAAUAGUAAAAGAUAAACUCUGUAUGACUGAGUAAAAAUAAGUUUAUCAAUAGAUUAUAAUCAUUUAAGGUAAAUUAUCAGUACUUUAAAGACUCGUUAAAGUUUUCAGUUAGCAGUUAUAUUCAUUAUAUAGUCAAUAAAUUUUAUAAAUUUCUAGUAUGAUAGGCCAGUUGACAAAUUCUGCCACCUGGAUAACAUUGUAUGUGCUGGGAGAGGAAUAAAGAGUAGCAUACUGGCUAGUGAUAACACUAUGAAGAAAUGCUACCCUUAUUGCUUUGGGCUAAUUGUAUAAUAGUUAUGUAAGUGUAAUUCUUUAUGGUAUUAAAUGCAGAGUAUCAAUAGAUACUUGAAUAUGAUGUUCAACAUUCAAUUAUUGUUCUGCUAUGGUCAACUUCGCCUUUCAUCUUUUUAAGGUUUAUAAAAUAAGUAGCAGUUGAACACUGCUAUCAAUGUAAUCAACUUAUCUCCUUCCUUAAAAUUGCUGGCCUUGUGCCGAAAAUUAAAACCAAUAUUAAAUUAUUGAAAAAAUGUUGGAUACACUUAAUAUCAAAUGACAUUAGCAAUAAUAAGCAGGUAAUCUGCAUUGAUACAGAUUUUCAAUAUGAAUAGAUGGGUUAUGUGGCAUGUAAAAAACGUCUUGAAUUGAUAAUAGAUACCCACAAGGUUGAGUAGUCAGGAUAAAUUUGAGAAUAUUGAAACUCAAUGUAUGGGAAUGUAGAAUAAUAGCCUGUUCAACUUCAACAUUAAAAAGAAAAGAAUUAUGUUUGUGAUGAUAAUGAUGAAUGUGUACAGUUGUUUUCCAUAACAAAUUAUCUUUGGUUUGUUAACUACUGCUAUAACUCUAAAAUUUAAUAUUCUUUCUCUAAAAUGUAUGAAUUUAAGAACUAAAUAUUUAGUCUCCUUUUAGAAUAUUGUUUUUAUUCUUGAUAGAAUUUGUUUUAGUAAUAACAGGAAUAGCAGAUCAAACUCAAUACAUAGGCAUUAUCUUCACUGUCCUAUUGCUGAAGAAAAUUUUGAACAAUUUUUAAAUAUAAAAUUUUGAUGUAAAAUUUGUAAUAAUCAUUUAACUUAUAAUAUAUUUCACGUUUCAUUUUAUAAGUUUUCGUAGUAAGAUAUACAAUGGAAAUCAUCUCCCUUUACUAUCAUCUGAAUCAAUUUGAUGCUGUCCUAAAAAGUAUUCCACUGUCAAGAAAGGGAGAUUAUCAUCAAUUUAGUUAACUACACGUCAUUUUGUUUUUUUUUACUUUUUUAAAUGAUUGAUGGAGACAAAGAAGACGGUGUUAAUACUAAUGAUAACUCUUUUUAAGAAGUUCCCAAUCAGUAUUUUCCGACAGCUGUUGAUACUUUUAUUGAAUUUAAAUAUACAUAUCAAUAUUUCAUUUAAAGAUUUCUUUCUUUUUUCUUUUUGUUUCAUUGCUGUAAUAUUUAUUUAGAAAUUAAAAAUUAUCGCAAUUAUAUAUUAUCUCCCUUUAGCAAUGUUUCUUAUUUUUUAUAUAUUUUUAUUCAAUUUAACUUUUAUUUUAUCCUAACCUUCGUUAACGAAUAUACAUAUAUACAUGUGUGUAUUUAGCAUGGCAAAGUAACUUAGAUUCUGGUGGGAAUUCUGUUGGCUUUCGUUCUACCAGCAAGAUGCCAAAGAAAUUAACAAAACAUUUCACAAUGGGAUCGGAAACAUAAUACGGCUUUGCUUUGUUUUCCAUUAUUUUAAUAUAUUAACCGUCUUUUUAAAGUGGGUAGCUUCUUUUUUUAAAUCAAUUAUGCUCUUACCAGCUCUUUUUUUGUUCGCUCCUCAAGUCUAGUGUUUAAAAUCUUUUCUUUCAAAGUGUAGCUUUUAACAAUUUGAUUUCCUUUCAAAGUAAGAGAAAAACUAAAAAAUUACGCAACGUUUUUACAUUAAAAAGUAAUAAUUUGAAUAUAUUAAAAAAUUCCUGCUAACCCUCGAUGAAUCUCAUUGAAAUGCCUAUGCGAACUGUUAUGAUAGAUUUAUUUAUUUAGUAACUUAAUAUCUGAUGCAAUAAUUUUUGCAUUAAAAAAGUAUACAAAAGAAAACUAUAUGCAUCUGUAAUUAAAUGUGUUCAAAGUUAUUUCUGGAACUUGUCUGAAUUAACUGCAGUUCCUGACAAUCUGUAGGAAAGGGUUAAACCGCUUUGUCAUGAUCAUAUUCUUACUUCGGUUAAGAACUGCCGUAACUAUUGUCAACUUUGACUUUAAAGAUAGCAUUAGAUAGUUAAAUAUAGAAUCUAUCGACUUUUUUUUUAAUGUUUUCGUUCAUUAAUUAAUGUUUUAUUCUUUGGUUUCAUCUUUUUCUAUCCAAACGAUUUGAUAAAUUUUCUUAUUUUAAAAUAGUUUAACGUUAGAUAGUAAUGUGCUUACAAAGUCUGAUAGAUUGAGAGCCUUUAAAAAAAUUUAACAGUCUGUUGUUCCUUCGCUUACAAUCGAAGUAUCUAUGAGUAAUUCCGGGAACAUUUGAUGUUAUAAGUUCAUGUCUUUUAGAACAUUAUUUUUUAAAUUUAAAUUUUUGCUAAGUGUAAAGAAGAAAAAGUUGAAAUGCAAAUUGUUUAAAUAAUUUUGUUUGCAUUUAUAGUAAAAUUCAGUAAGUCCGAGUAGCAAAUUUUUCAGAAACUUAAAAUGAUGAAUUAUAAACUUGAUCAGAAUUCUGUUAAUUUGCCAGAUUUUAUGAAAUCAAAGGCUAUGCAUACAGUUCCAGCCAUCAAUUCGAUUGAUAACACUCAGACUGUGUGUAGUGAUUUUGUAAGUAAGCCAGACAGUGUUUACCAAAGUAACGAAAUUCUUAAGUGUCCAAUAAGACGAACUUUAGCUCUUGCAAAACCUUUUAAAUGUGGUGUUUGUCGUAAAGGAUUUUCUCGUAAAAUCAACCUUAAUAAUCAUGAACGUACUGGAGCAAAGCACUUCUAUUGCUCUUACUGCAAGAAAGCUUUCUCUCAAGAAAUCAUUUUGCGAAAUCAUGAGCGGACACAUACUGGUGAAAAGCCGUAUAAUUGUUCAUUUUGUGAUCGUGCAUUUUCUCAACAGACUGAAUGGCGCAACCACGAACGUGUUCAUACUGGAGAAAAACCAUAUGCCUGUUCUAUAUGUAGCAAGACAUUUAGUCAACAGGGGAAUCUUAAAAUACAUUUGCGAACUCAUACAGGAGAGAAGCCUUAUACAUGUGCUGACUGUGGUAAAGCAUUUAGUCAACGUACCAAUCUAGACAAUCAUCGACGUACUCAUACUGGAGAACUAUUUAAAUGUGUCUUUUGUCCGAAAGCAUUUUCUCUACUUAUUAAUCUCAAAAGUCAUGAGCGUAUUCACACUGGGGAGAAACCAUUCAAAUGUUCAUUUUGUACAAAAGUAUUCAGUCAGCAAUCAAGUUUACGUAGUCAUGAGCGAACUCAUACUGGUGUGAAACCAUACCAGUGUUCUUUCUGCUCAAAAGCGUUUACACAACAGACUAACCUUCGCAAUCAUGAACGUAUCCAUACUGGAGAAAAACCAUUUUCUUGUCUUGUUUGUGGAAAAGCAUUCUCACAAGUUACCAAUUUAAAAAAUCAUGAACGUACCCACACAAUUGAAGAACUGCGGAAAUUGACUGAAUCUAAAUCAAUAUCAGAACCUCUUCCACAGAAUUCACAGCAUCCCCAACUAUCAAGUCCUAAUCCUUCUAUCAGACCCCAACCACUUAAUAUUCCAUCAACUUGGAUAGCUUCGACAUAUCCCCACCAUCAGUUAACACCAAACAACUGGGACAACAAUUUUAAUUGGUCCCGAGGGUUCACAAUGACAGAAAGAUUAAACGCUGGUGGAAAUACCACUACACCCCAGUUUUUGCCUCAACCACCAAAUGCACACCAUUCAUCUUGCAAUAAAGUCUAGCCUAAACUAUAUGUGUCAAGCAACUAAAACAAAAUAAUAUUAAUUCGAAACAGUAGUUGUAAAUUUAGUUGCUAUUCACAUACAUAUAUUUCAAACAUUCAUCUGUUCAUCAAUAAUGUGUCGGAUUCAUUUCUGAAUAUUUUCAGUUCAGAAAUUUGAAAUAACAUUGUUGUGAAUUCUUUAUGCGAGAAGCUUAAAAUUCAUCUUGUUACACCCCAUUACAUGACUUGACUUUUUUUAAGAAUGCAAACAUUCUGAAAAAAAUAGUACAAAUUCAACAAGAUAUUCUCAAUGUCAUGUAAAAUUAUUAUUAUUAUAAUGCUGUCAAAAUUAAUUUUCUGUGUGUUUCCUAUAAAUAUUGAGAUAUAGGCUUUGUCUAAGAGAUAAACAGAAAUAGAAAAUGCAGUUAAAAAGGUGGUGCUUAAAUAAGCACAACUUGGAAAUGCCUAAAUUCAGUGCUAAUGAGAGCAUUAAAUUAAUUUGUGGUACCUAAAGCUUCCAUUCCAUAUAAAUGAAAGUUCCUGUUAGAAAAUGCUAGCUUCAUUGACUCCCUCCUGUUUAAUCUCAUUAAAUUAACUGCUCUAACAUUUUUAUAAAACUAUUUUGAAAAAGUAUUAAAUUUUUUAUAUGCACUGUCAUCAGAAAGGAAUGACUUAAGCAACUUUCCUUGUAUGGUCAAUUGAUCAUAAAGCUAGCUGUGAAUCAUUUAACAGAAAAGGUGUUUAAACAAAUUUAUCAACGCUGCUUUGAUAAAUGAUUUAACUGGAUCUUUCAAUGUCUAAUGAAAAUUUAGUUAAUUCACAAACUUCUUUUGUUUUAUAACUAGAUGUCUAUAAAUGUAUUAUAUCCAGAACUGUUUAUUUUUUUCCAUACAAUAUCACUGAGACAACUCAUUUUUUUCCAGCCUUUGUGUUAAUGUAAAAAAAUGUAGCUGUUCAAAUAAUUAGACUUCCAUAGUAGUUGUAAAUAAAACUGCAUUAGCUAUUGUGCAGCAGCUAAAUAUGGGCUUUUGAUCAUGUCAAAUAGAUUGUUUAUUAUGUGUUCAUUCGAAUUGGUCAAACAUGAAAUAUAUUUUAUAACAACAAUCUGCAAAUCAUCAUUUUAACAAGAUCUUUCUAAUUUGUAUUAAAAAUAAACCAUUAAACAAA